UGAAGCACUUUUUGAAGUCAUUGUCAUGAUUAUACGCAUCUUACUUAUCAAAUACUGCGAGCGCUAAGCUUAAAAUUUAGGAAAAUCAGACCUGAAGAGAGGCAUUCUAAGGCUUGUUUGUAAGAAUUCACUAGUUACGCCACUGAUUAGUUGGGUAACAUUUCAUAAAGAUAAUUCGACCGAUCCAAGUUAAAUCAUGCAUUUUGCUCAAUGAAAUCAUAUUGAUACCAUGGAUUUUCUUACAUGGCUGUUAGGUAAAAUUAUUACUUACAAUUGAGUUAUUAUUUUGGGUUCGUUUUCUUCAAAGUUGGCAAAAUAAUAAUUGUUUGCAACUUCUAAUUAGCAGAUGGUUUAGUGUAAUAUAAAUUGCCAUAAACACAUUAUCAAAUAACAUGGUAUUGAAGACCUCGCACAAUAAUUCAUCAAUUGGAAAUGAUAAAGUAGUAUAUUAUGCAUCGGUAUACAUGGACAUGUAUUGGGCUAGAAGUUGAUUUAUGAGUUGACAUGUGCAUAAAAAUAUAUUAAUGUAUGUAUAAUUCAUAAUAUUAAUAUAUUUUGAUUUUAUUUUUGAAAACACAAUUUUGUCUAGAGUCGGUAUCAAUGAUAAUCACUUAAUGUUGGUAAAAGGAAAAUUACCAAAUAUCAAUAAUAAAAUCGAAAAACUGACGUUUGGCACUGAAUACAGUAAUGCUUAAGAAAGAAAUCACCAACCACUCGAUAAAAAUAAUAACUUUUAAUAAGCAUAUUAGGGUGGUACGCAACUUUAGGUUUGUUUCACAUUUCACGACAUUCUUUAUCCAGGAGGAAUACUUCAAAGUAGUCAAACUUAGGUUUCUGCACUGAAAAUUUUCAUAUCAUCUGUAAGUACUGACUAAGGCUACGACUAUCACCCGCGAAGGUUUUCCCCAUUGAUUAUAUCGACCAGUCUUUCGUUCUACUGGAUCCUCUAUCUGCACUCGGGAUCGAAGUUGGCGCGAAGUUUACGAAUACAAAGUAGCGUCGCCCAAGCGUAUCCGGUCCUGGGAGUUCGUAUAAAUAGGAGUGAUGUCCGUUGUCGCUUCAGUUGAUCUACUCGACACAAUCAAGUAAUCAUCAUGCCUGCCAAACAAACCAGCGGAAAGGGAGCAAAGAAGGCCGGUAAGGCCAAGGGUCGCCCAAGUGGUGUCUCCAAGACCCGUCGCCGUAAGCGAAAGGAAAGCUACGGAAUCUACAUCUACAAGGUUCUGAAGCAGGUUCACCCCGACACUGGCAUCUCAAGCAAGGCUAUGUCCAUCAUGAACAGCUUCGUCAACGAUGUCUUCGAGCGUAUUGCCGGUGAGGCUUCCCGUCUUGCCCAGUACAACAAGAAGUCCACCAUCAGCAGCCGUGAGGUCCAGACCUCUGUCCGUCUCCUCCUCCCCGGUGAAUUGGCCAAGCACGCCGUCUCUGAGGGCACCAAGGCCGUCACCAAGUACACCACCUCCAAGUAAAUUGGUCUUUACCAUAUUUACCACAAACGGCUCUUUUCAGAGCCACCAUAUUUCCAAGAAAGAAUCAAAUUGGUUACUCAUCUCUUCCUUCUCCUUUUCGCUCACACCUCUCUUAAUUGAUGUGAUGCAAAUAAAAUCACUGUUCAUUUUAUUUUUAACUUAAAAAUAUUAAAUUCAAAUAGACAAACUCAGACACAAUGCCCUAUCAGCAUGAGAUUUGAUGAAGGGAACAUUUUAUACUAAUUGCUUAGAAACAUUAAACAUCCUUUGACGUGUCAUUGGCUACAGCUGCACAUUCCGUUUGUGUGAGGGGAGGUAUAAGUAUUCAAUUUUCUCCGGCACUCUGUUCUUAUUACUCAUGUUAAACGUUAUUUGAAAUUUUAUAAAAAAAGGGGCUCAUCCUGAAUGAAGUGAAUAUGAUAUCAACAGUUUCAUAACCGAACCUGGAGCCCUGGAGUAUAAUAGUGGACUGGCUUGAACGUGGGUAGGGGUAGUCCAGAUUGGACAACGAAUUAUCCAUUAGUACCCUGAUUAUUGGACCUUGGUGUUUGGAAGUUCUCUUUCCCAAAGAAAACAUAGAGGGCACAUGACUCCCACUCUGUAAUCAGCGCCAAUCCACUCAUCUUCCCUCCUCACAAACUUUAGGUCCAAUCUGGACUGCCCUACCGAAGUUCAAGCCAGUCCACUGCUAAGUAGGGGCGCGCCCGGGCGGUGGGAACGUAGCUAGUGAGAAAUGUAGUUUGGAGUGAAUGACAUUCGAUGAUUACUUUGGAGAGGGUGUAUAUCUGGGACAAAAAUAAAUCAACGAAAACCUCGACGAAAAUAAAAUGCAUCCACAUCUAUGGAGCCUUAUUUUUUUGUCUAUUCUGAAAAAAGU